AUGAGCUUACCAUCACAAUCAACAGCAAAUUUACGAACAGAUGGUCAAACCGUCUCCUUUGGACAAAGAAAAAUAUGGGAUAAUAGCCGUGAUUUAGCUGAUGUUGUGAAAAUUCUUGAUCGGGAAUAUAAAGAUACAAUUCCUCUAAGUACAUUACAAAAUAGAAUGCUCGAAUGGAAUUUUAUACCUAAGGAACAUAUAAUAGAAGCAUGUGAAUCAUUAAGACCUCUAUGUGAUUCAAAUGGGAAUAUUAGUUUACAUAACUUGGUAGAUGAAGUGACUGGAAUAUUUGAACCAUCUGAAUUAGAUACUAUGGAUACAAAUAUUGAUAUAUUAGAAGCUUACAAAAUAUUUGAUACUUCUAAUAAAGGAUGCAUAGAUCUAAAUGAUUUAAGAAAGUUAUGUAAUGAAUUAGGUGAAGAAUUAGAUGAUGAAACUCUCAUUGGAAUGUUAAAUUUAGCAACUCAAGAUCCAUUUAGGAAACAACAAGGUAUUAUUAGUAGGGAAGAUUUUUUUUCUCUAGUAAAGAGCCGUAUUAUUAACUAA